AGAGAGAGAGAGAGCGAGAGAGCUGCUGUCUCAGCUGCAGAGGUGCACUGAAGAAGGGAGCCACCUGACAUCUUCACUCUCAAGUGGAAGGACUUUACCUGUUUGCCCGGGUCACCAUGGAGCCAUCACAGCAGAAGACCAUGAGCCCAGUGAUGGAGUCUGCCAAGGGCUUUGUGCUUGGAGCCAUGGCUGGAGGUACUCUGGGAGCCACAGAGGUACCGCUGAAUCAAAUUAUGUCACAGAUAAUCUCAGGUGCCCAAAUGAAGCCCGUUAUGUCUGGCGUUAAGAGCAUCGGGGCUCUGGGACUGGGUGCACUUCUAGGAACUACUGCACUCAUCACAUCAAUGGCAUUGGUGGUAACGGGGGUCACUGUAGCUGCUUCUGUGGCCUUGUGUCUAUUGAGAUUGAGGAAGAAUGAAGGAUGGGUGGCAGCAGGAUUGGCCGCGGCUCUCACCACGACUUCAAGCGGGGCAGCACUAGGGACCAUCAUUGAAAAUCUGAGCAUGAGCUACGGGAUGGUCAGCCUGCUCUGGGCUUUGGGGAUUUUUACAGUUCUGAAACUAUUGAUGCACUUCUUUGUCAAGCAUACAUGCACAGAACGGGAAUUCUGUGGAUCAAUCGCUGAUGCUACUAAGAGAGAACAAGCAAGACUACUUGCUUUGGAAAUAGAUCUAAGACGGCGGGCUGCAUUGGAAUUGGAAAAGCGGAUUGAGGCCUGCGAGAUGAAGAAACCAGAAGAGGAUGGUCUGGCUGCUUGGGAGGCCCAACGAAGAGAAAGAGAAGAAAUAAAGAGACAGCAAAGGAAGGCUGUUGAGUUGGAAAUGCAGCAGAGGACUUCUCGACAACGCCUGCUGAACGCGGUGGCCAAAUACAUGGAGUUUCUUGCAUUUUCUGACAUUCCGAUGACUGUGACUGCUUUUGUGACUGCUGGCUUUGGCAUCUUUGGCUUUGGAGAUUACAGAUUUGUUUUUGUUGUCCUGUUAGUCAUGGUGUUAUGCAUGUCAUUUUGGCUCAUGAGUUCUUGGCGUUUGAACUUUUGGAUGCUAAUGGGAUGCAUGGGAAUGUUUGCCACAUUUGCCAUUGCCGUGCUGACUGUUCAUGCCGGGCAGGAGGUGGCAGGCAUGUCUGUCAAAAUGCGCUUUGCAGGACAAAACAUGAGCAAGGAGAACAUCAGCAUCCGUAUGACUCAUGCAUCCUCCGUACAGGCAAUUUCUGCAGGAUUCUUUGUCUCAGAAGUCUGUCAGGUUGGUUUAGGGGCCACAGUCGGUGGUCCAGUGGCACGAGAGGCAGGAGGAAAGGUGAUUUUGGGGGCGUCUGUAACCGCUGUGGUUGUUUUGUCGAUAGUUGAAGCGUCGACACAGAUGCUGGGAGUCGGUGGUAAGGCGGGGGCUUUGCUGGGGGCGGCUGGAGCUGCUGGUGUGUCCAUGGGAGGCGCUGCAGCCAUAGCUGUGAAAUCAUCCACAUGGGGAGGAACAAUGGGAACCACUGCUGGGAUGAUCUUUGGCUUAUUGGUGUUUAGAAAGUGGGACAUUGUUAACAUAGGGCUUCAGAUAUUUGUGGCAUACCUGUUUGCCAUGACAAAUCUUUACUGAAAUGCUAUGAUGUAACUGCUCUUUUUAGUAUGGUACUACAGUGGGCAUGGAAAGAAUCAGCAUCAAUAAAAUUGCUUCCUUCUUUUUCUGUUCUCACUAUAUAAAAUGUUUUGUUCUCUAUAUUUGCUCUCUCUCUCUCUCUCUCUCUUUAUAU